ACAUCCUGUAAAAAGAAACACACAAGACACCAGUUAAUUGAGAUUAAAUGUGCUCAUCAGUUAAUUAGACCAGGAUGUGAAGAUCAGUCUAUUUCACAGCUCAGGUAAAAGGUUAAAUGCCACUUUCUGUACACACGGAACAAGAGGAGUGAUGCCUGAUGGAGGCAUGAGCUGAUCUGACCUCUGGGAAAACAAAGUCACCUUCCAUCCUUUAACCCAGCACCAUAUGGCCUCAGCCUGGACUGAAGAGGAGACCUUUGUCUGCUCAGUAUGCCUGGACACUCUGAAGGACCCGGCUACUCUACCUUGUGGACAUUCAUACUGUUUGGCUUGCAUCCAGAGUCACUGGGACAAGAAAGACAGGAAGGGCCAUUACAGCUGCCCUCAGUGCAGGCAGGUCUUCAACCCUAGGCCCUCGCUGGCCAAGAGCACCCUCCUCGUGGAGGCUAUGGAGAAACUAAGAACCAACAGCCUCAAGCAAAGCUCCUCCUCGGCCUCACCAUCAACGUCUAUGUAUUUGGAGGUCUUACCAGGCGCUGGGCCACAGCAGGGUAGCUUGUACCCUCAGCUUCCCACAGUGAACCCAAGAAACUGCUCUCAACACAACAAACCUCUGAACCUGUUUUGCCACGAAGACAAGGAAUGUGUGUGUGAGGUGUGUUGCCAGCAAGGGCACAAGGGACAUCGUGUGAUCAAACCAGAGGAAGAGAGAAAGGAGAGACAGACGGAGCUGGUUCAGAUGCAGGCAGAGGUACAGAAGAGAAUCCAGGAGGCAGAAAAAAAUCUUAAGACUCUUCCGCAUGCUGCUCGCCAACACAAGGCUUUGGUCCAGGCUCUAGAGCAUGAGAGCACAGGUUUAUUCUCUGAGUUAGUCAAGACCGUGAAUUUGACAGGCAUUCAGGUUGGUGAGAUCCUCAGCACCCAUGAGACCUCCCUAGGCAGCAGGGUUGAAGGGCAAAUUCACAGACUGGAGCAGGAAGUAGUGCAGCUUCGAUGGAAGAGUGAAGAGCUGAGCAGGCUGUCUGACAUGCAGGACCACAUCUGUUUCUUGAAGAAUUUCCUGACCAUGGAGCCGCUGGGUCAGACAGGUGCCAUAGAAGAAUCAGUGCUAAGUCAAGAGGAAGCAGUGGCAGCCUCCAUCCGCUCAGCGAUGAAAGAACUACAAGAGUCAAUACAGGACCUCUGCAAAGCCAGCCUGACCAAGAUCAGCACACUAGCGCAUGAAAUGACAACAGAUCCUUUGCAACCUCUAGCUUCAGCCCCCCCUCCAUCUGCUCCUUCUUUUCAACCCCAAGCAUCUCCUGUAUCAACGGUGGGGUUUGUGAAUUUACAACCAAAUUCAAGAGAGGAAUUGCUGAAAUUUCGCUUUGAACCCACCAUGGACCCCAACACAGUGUAUCGGCAUGUGCAGCUUUCAGAUGGAGGUCAUAUGGCCGUGCUAAAGGCUGAGAACCUGCACCCACCAGACCAUCCUGAACGCUUCCACUUCUGGAGACAGGUUCUCUGCAGAGAGCCCCUGGCAGGGAGCCCCUACUACUGGGAGGUGGAGUGGACUGGCCAGAAGAUCACUAUUGGUGUGGCCUACAAGGAGAUGGAACGUAAAGGUUCUGAUGAUAAAAGCCGUUUGGGCUACAACCCCCUGUCCUGGAGCUUGUACUGGUCUGGGACUGGCUUUUCCUUCUUUCACGAUGGUCAGGAGAAACUGCUAGGUUCUCCUAAGGCUAGACGUAUCGGCAUCUAUUUGGACCAACAUGCAGGGAUUCUGGCCUUCUACCGCAUCACCAAGAACGAGGCAGGCCUCAUCCAUCAGCACCAGACCCAGUUCACUGGCCCACUGUGCCCAGGGUUCAGGUUUGGGGCAGGAGUAGGGGCCACGGUGACUGUGUGCCAACUGGAUUAAGUUGUAUGCAACUGAUGGCUGUCAUUUUUAGACAUAAAAUACAGCUAUGAUCUUGAGAUUCUUCUAGAUAAGUAACGCAUGUUCAGGGAUGUCUGGUUUUGUUAAUAGACUAUUCUUUACUUUUACUGAUACAAUGUAAACUUUCUAAAUGUUUGCAAGUUAAUAAAGUAAUAAUAAAUACAUAAUUUUUAGAAA